AUACCUUCGGUCCCGCCGUCAACAACCCCCCAGAGAACCCUCAUGGAUCAAACACAUACACGAGCCCUGGAGGCUCUCCAGUCGUUCAUCCACCUGGCCAAAUCGACAAGCGCCUCGUCCCCUCGACUUAUCGCCAACCUCAUCACGAAUGCCACCUCAAGCCCCCAGACUUACGUCUUCGCCGAGCUCUUGGAGACACCAACGGUCCAGGCCCUUCGAUCCCCCGAUACCCCCGAGGAGUUUCAGGGAUAUCUCACCUUGCUAGAGAUCUUCGCCUGGGGAACAUGGCAAGACUAUCAAUCAACCCCGAACCUCCCCCCGCUCAACCAGGAACAGACCCUCAAGCUCCGCCUUCUGUCCCUCCUCACCCUGUCGGCAACCAUUAAGCCUCUCACCUAUGAAACCCUCAUGAACGCCCUGUCCAUUUCAACUCCCUCCGACCUCGAAUCCCUCGUCACAACCGCCAUCUACUCCUCCCUCAUCACCGCCCGUCUCUCCCCCACCACCAACCCCCCAACGGUGAACGUGACCUCCGUCGCUCCUCUCCGCGAUGUCAAACCCGAGUCCCUAUUAUCCAUGAUUUCCGUCCUGACCGAGUGGGAGACCCGCUGCGGCGACGUCAUCAGCGGCAUGGAGGCCGAAAUCGCCAAGAUCAGAACCAAUUCCCUCAAGCGGCGCUCCGACGAGCGCGCUCGCGCGGUGCUCAUUGAAAAUACACUUGCCGGCUGGGGCUCAGAUGGCGGUGGUGCACGAUCUAAGAAAUACGGGAGCAAGGAUGUAAGUGGCGGGUUGAGAAUGGCGCCGGGAGGGAGUGCUGGCAGCGGGAACAAGCGCGAAUUCACGGCCGAUGAACAUGACGAUGACGGGUACUGGGAUAGUAAUGGGGGCGAGGGUACGUUCGAUGCGGGCGCCUCUGGGUCGAGAAUGGAUAUCGACGAAGGAGCAGGAUCUCGAGCUGCUGGCACUAGACAUGCUAAACGUGUUCUCGGGAAGAAAUCCUGAUAACUAUCACGACUUUGCUUACGAUUGCUGCUACUAUUAAAAGAUAAGAUGAUUGAAGGUAGACAGGAGAUCUGGUUGUAUUAUUCAAAUCCAAGUGAUACCUGUUUCCUAGAAUCUGUUGAGCAGAGCAGUGCUCUU